AUGGCUAAUGCACUGUUUGAUAUUGAAUUGCGUGACGAGAUUGAAACUGAUGAAGCAUAUGAUAGCGAUGAUGCUAUCGAAGUUGAAGAGGGUAUAUUUGACCAAACAGUCGAUAUCAAUGAAAUUGUUCCCUCGGAGGGCGUGGAAACGGUGCAGCUGUCCGAGCACCUGAUGCGCGAGCAGGAGAAAACGGGGCCGCAGGACUUCGAGCUGCGGCGCGUGCUGGGCAAAGGGGGCUACGGGAAGGUGUUCCAGGUGCGCAAGGUGACCGGCAAGGACACCGGCAAAAUUUUCGCGAUGAAGGUGCUGCGCAAGGCGUCCAUCGUGCGAAACUCCAAGGACACCGCGCACACCAAGGCCGAACGAAACAUCCUCGAGGAGGUCAAGCACCCUUUCAUUGUAGACUUAAUAUAUGCCUUCCAAACGGGCGGGAAAUUAUAUUUAAUUUUAGAAUAUUUAAGUGGGGGCGAACUCUUCAUGCACCUUGAGAGAGAGGGUGUGUUUCUUGAAGACUCGGCUUGCUUCUAUCUGGCAGAGAUAACGUUGGCGCUGGAGCACCUGCACCAGCAAGGCAUCAUCUACAGGGACCUGAAGCCGGAGAACAUCCUUCUGGACGGGCAGGGCCACAUCAAGUUGACGGACUUCGGCUUAUGCAAGGAGCACAUCCGCGAGGGAAUACUCACGCACACCUUCUGCGGCACGAUAGAGUACAUGGCGCCCGAAAUACUCACCAGGCACGGCCACGGCAAAGAGGUCGACUGGUGGUCGCUGGGGGCGCUGCUCUACGACAUGCUCACAGGCGCCCCUCCGUUCACGGCCGACAACCGCAAAAAAACCAUCGAAAAAAUCCUGAAAGGUAAGCUGUGGCUGCCGCCGUAUCUGACGUCGGACGCGCGCGACUUGAUUAGGAAGCUGCUGAAGCGCCAAGUGACCGCCCGUCUGGGCGCCCAACCCGACGACGCGAUCGCCGUCAAGAACCACCACUUUUUCAAGCACAUCAACUGGGACGACGUCAUCAGCAAAAAAUACGAUCCGCCUUUCAAACCGAUACUGUCAAGUGAUGAUGAUGUGUCUCAAUUUGACACCAAAUUCACCAGACAGACACCAGUUGAUUCUCCUGAUGAUUCUAAACUUAGUGAAAGUGCCAAUUUACUUUUUAAGGGAUUCACGUACAUCGCGCCCUCCGUCUUGGAGGACAUGUACAGCAGGUCCUCGCAGCGCGCGCAGAUCGUGCGGGCGCGAUCGCCGCGCAAAGUCGGCGGCCCGUUGCGCCACAACUUCGGCUCGAUGACGAUGGGCACGUCGCAGGGCGGCGGCGGCGGCGGCGGCAUGAUGCUCGACACGCCCGACAUGGUGAUGGCCUCCUCGCUCGGCAUGAGCCUGGGCACCUCCGGCCCGCUAGGCAUGAACAUCGCCGCCGCCACCUCGUCGCACGUGACCCACCACCACAACCACCACCACCACCAGCCGCACCACCAGCAGGCCUACCACCCGCACCACCACCACCAGCAGCCCACGCAGCACUCGCCCUUCGCCUCAAACAGCCACUUCCCCACGCACCCAGCCGGCAACGCUGUACCGGAGGAGAUGAUGGAGGUUAGUCAAGGCCUACCUCAAGUAUAGUAUGCUUUCCUUACAUUAUACACCGUAGCUCGGUCGCUUUAGGGUUUUUCUGCGGAAAAAUAGCGUUUAAAGAACCUCUUCCUUAAUACCUUAUAUGCUAAAAAAACAUUAAAUAUUGAAAUUGACAAAAACUAUUCUUUCUAUAGAAAAUGAUCUCUAUAGAAAGCAAUAAACCAAUCGGAGCACGGCAUUCUCCACAGCACACUCGGUGGAAAAGAGAAUGCCUACUAUUAAACGAAUUCCGAUUGGUCGUCCAAAAAUCGAGCGUGCUUAAACCACGCCCACACCUCGGAAUCUAUACGGUUCGCUUUUGUACUUGGUAUGGAAAGUCGACUAUCCUGUCUCUAUUUAUCCUUGGCUCCGCAUCAAAUUUGUUACUUCAACAAGAAAUACAGUCAAACAAUUGAAU